AUGGACCUCAAGAGUGACAAAGAAGUGCAUGAUCGGCCGCUUUCUGAGCGAGACAAGCGCAUCCUCACUACCUAUGGGAGAUUGCCUUGUGGAGGUAGUCUUGGCCAGCAGCCUAAGAAACGGACCUACUUCGAUUCUGGAGACUAUGCUCUCUCUGCUGCUCACCGAGUGACUGACAGCGGUGAUGAUAUCAAAACCGGCACGGCUCACCCUGUCCGCGAGAGCAUUUCGCACCCCUUCGCACCGGUACCGAGCACUGGCAAUGCUGGUAACGAGGCUAACAAUGGUAUCUUUGAGGACAAAAGCGCAAUUACACAGACUCCAAGGAGUCCUCUUUCCCGGAACCCGAGCUUCAGUGAAUAG